AUGAAAGAUCUCCCACAAGACCAUUUGUCAUAUGCAUCCUCAGGUUGUAAUAGGGUGUUAGUUUCUCCCACACCUCAAAAGCUUCGUCACGAGCCCUCUACCGCCAAAGAAAAUUGGCGCAUGAGUUCAACUGUAGAUGAUAUCGAUUUAAUAUCUUUGAACACGACAUUUGACGAGCAAAUGAUUAUGGGAUCACCGAUGUAUUUCGAUCCAGUGGAUUCUCCAGCAAUGACACCAUUGCCGAUCCUAUGCACCCCUUUGAAGGAGAAAGUACUUCCUAAAGAAGAUGAUAUGCAUAGGUCAACGCUAACCAAUUUAAGCUCGUUAAGAGAAAAAUAUAUCAAAUCUUCGUUUCAAGAUCAGAACUCCAAUAUUACAAACCACGGAAAAAAAUGGGUGUUUUAUCCCAAGAAUCAAAAUUGCAAGGAAGUUAGUUAUCAAACCAAAUGUUACAGACAUUUUAGAAAACUUUCAAGAGAUAAAGCCACAUCCACCAAAAAGAUCAAACCUUAUACAAACUUUUUCGAUAUAGAUGUAUUAGAUGUUCCCUCAUUUGCAGAGUUCACAUCCGAUUUCGAUCAAAUGAUAUCUAUUGUUCAAUCUCAUAAAUUGCUGAGAUUUUCUCAAAAAAGACUAGAAUAUCUUUUGAGUAAGUUUCAACUAUAUCAAUCAUUGACAGCGAAAAAAGAGUUCCAACAGAGUCGAAGUAUUAGACACAAAGAUUUUUACAAUUGUAGAAAAGUAGAUCUGAAUCUUUUAUUAAGUGGUUGUAUUUCGCAAAGGCAAUUGAAUGAAUUCAUAGCCAAAAAAAUACUUAAAGAGCCAGAAAGAAUUAUUUGGAAAGGGAUACACGGUGACUCACUUACUUUGGAAGGUAUUUUCAAGAUUGGGUAUCCUAAUUUUAAACCACUUCAAGUAAAUCUCAAAAUAAUUGAUACAGAGUACCUUGAAUGGUAUCAUAACAUAUACCUUCCCAAAUAUCAUUUGAUUCCCUCACAUAGAACACAACUUGAAUUGAGUGGUAAGGCAUUAUACUUCUAUUUGAUAACCAGGACGUUUUUGGAAUUUGAAAAUUACAUUAAGGGAGAAUACUUUGCAGAGCUGUUUAAACAGUACGUUAUCAGGCCAAUGGAAAAAUCAAGAUACCAAUUGGCACAAAUAUCAGUGGAUUUUCAAUUUUACGAUAAAACCUGUUCUCAAAACUGGUGGUUGCAAUUUUCUAAUUGGCUAUUGAGAUGGCAAUUGAUCUCUCCAAAUAUAAGAUGGAACGUUCAAUUUAGAAGAAUAUUCAAAACGUUAUUUGAUCGAAAUAGAGUGAAUAAUUUUCAAGACUAUAUCAACCUUAUCUUUAAACCACUGUUUUCAAAACAAUUAAACAUGAACGUUCAAGUACAGUAUUUUCUUUCUUACGUCUGUUCAUUUGAUUUGAUUAUCGAUCCAUCCGAUGAGUUCUUAUGGAAAACCUUUCCUGUUCGAUCUUGCCCACCAGAUCUUUGGAUUGCUCAAGGUGAUAACCCAACAAUUUCUUACUAUCUCUAUUAUAUGUAUGUUCAGAUAAGCAAAUUGAAUUAUUUGAGAAUGCGUCAAUUACAAAAUACUUUUACAUUAAGGAGCAAUUGCUCACCAUCAAUGAGUCGACCAUCUCAAUUUAGUUCAAGAAGAAACGUUACUUCCCAAGUUGAGUCACUAGUGAGUAAUCUUCUAUUAUGCAAUGGUGGCCUUUUGGAUGUUGAACCACUUUGGAAAGUCGGAGCUGUCCUGCCAUAUCUUUAUUGUUUAUAUCAAAUACCAAUUAUUGCUUCCCCCCUAUCAUCUACUCAAAAUUAUGACAAUUUCCACCAUUGUCUGUACGAAGAAUCAGCUUCCCAGUCAAUUAGCCUUCAGAGGGACAUUACAAUGGAACCUCCAUCAACAUAUUUGAAGAAUCCCUUUAUGAAAUUCUUCCAGAUUGGAUUUAAGGUAUCCAUUUCAUCCAGAUCAAUUUUGUUCAAUAAUUCAUAUACUUCCGAAGCUUUAAUCGAAGAAUUUGGUGUGGCCGCAAACAUUUAUUUACUUAAUUCGGCAGACAUUUGUGAAUUAUCACGUACAAGUGUAUUGUGUUGUGGCUUUGAAGGAUGGAAUAAAGAAGAAUGGAUUGGCGUUACUACUCGGAAAACGCACUUUCCCGAAGAUAACAUAGGCUUAGUAGAUCGGGUCUACGAUAUUGAGGCUGAUACAGCCCGAAGACAUAACGUUCCCCUUUUAAGAAGAAAAUAUCGACAUGAUACUUUAUUGCAGGAAUUGUGUUUCAUCAACAAGUAUUAA